AUGACAGGUAUAUCUAACAAUCCUGAUUUUAGUAAACGUAAUCCUGUACUAAACGUUCGUAUCCUGUGUUUCGAGGCAUCGUUUCGUAACAGUUAUCCUUUCACUCGAGUAACUAACACCGAACUGAUCCUCUGUGACAAGGAUUCAUUAAAGGAUCCAUACAUAUGUGGACCACCGACAUGUGCACCGUCAGAGAAAUUUAAAUACCUAUCACCAAUCAUUUACAACUAUGAAUACAAAGUUAAUGUGGAAACCUAUUUUGCCGGCUCGAGUAAUAAUCGCUCUACACUAGAUAUAAAGGCUGACGCUAUAGUUCAAUUCAUUAAGCCUUGUGAAGGUCUGCUUCAACUGCGUGGCGUCACAAUUGAAGAUCAGGAUGAGAACUAUUCUGUUGAACGAGCUGAAAUGUUCACUCAAUCAAUUACCGCUCACGAUCUUAGGUUCUCCUUUCACGAUGGUAUUAUAUCAGAAAUUUGUCCUGAUGAAUCGGAAGACGAUUGGGUACUCAACUUCAAAAGAGCCAUACUGUCACUCUUUCAAAAUAGCAUGAAAAGAUUUGAUAUUAACUUCAAAGGAGUUGAACAAGAUAUCCAUGGAACGUGCAAUGUGAAUUAUGCAGUCCGGGGUCAAGAGAACACCAGUCUUGUACUAGUGAAGACCCGUGACCUCUCUCAAUGUACGAACAGAUACAAGUACAUGUCUAUAUUGCAGACUGUACGGUACGAUUUUCAAAGUAAAUUCCAAACAUGGCCUGUUUUAAAAUCCGAAAGCAAAUGUCUUAUAUCUGUAGACCAUCAUAUCUACAAAUCAGUCAACUGUCGAGAGCGUCAUUUGUUCGAGCCCUUCUCGGGAAAAAAUUCUGGGGCUAUGACUACUGUCAUACAAGAUUUAGUGCUUAAGGAGGAAGUAAACAAAACAGACACAGAAUACAUGUACUCUGAAAAUAAAGCCUGGGCUGCUAUUCAAAAACGCUCGAAUAUUCUACACCACCACUCCCCAUAUGGAAGAUCUGAUACUGGCGAAUUGAAAUCAGCGAGAGAUGUGCUGAAAUUAUUGUGUUUAGUGAAACCCAGCUCAGACGACGAAGUAAUGACCGUCGACGAGAACAUGGACAGCGGGUCCACUGUGGGGCUGUGGGGGCGCCUGGUGCGCUCGGCGCGCAAGCUGCACCACCCCGCGCUGGCGCAGCUACUGGCGCGCGCGCCCACCAUCUGCCCCACCGCCUCCAAACACAUUCUAGAUGCACUACCGUACAUAGCAAGUCCUGGCUCAGUGGAGCUGAUAAAAAACAUGAUCAUUAACAACGAAGUAAACAGGGAAACAAGACACGAGUGGCUUAUGUCCAUGGCUAUGAUACCCAGACCUAAACUAGAAAUGUUGAAGAGUAUGUUGGAAUUGCUAAAGAAACAGAAGAACGACAAAGUAAUAAGUUUCACCGCGUCGUCUAUGGUCCACUCUUAUUGCAAACACAGUGGAAAAUCUCUUCGCGAAUGCUGCGAAGAAGAAUAUCCAAACGAAAUUUUAUCUGAAUUCCAAAAUAUCGUAAACGAAAGACUCAGUGAGGGAGUCGUUAACGCGCCGCGAGAAAAUAGAGACAGCCUCGUUAUAGCAAUAAAAGCUCUGGGCAAUAUAGGAGGCUUUAAACAAGAAUUUUCAGAUAUCCUAAUGAGUAUUAUCGGAGACACUACAAUCCCUGUUCCUACACGACUUGUAGCUGUCGAUGCUUUUAGGAGAACACCUUGUAUUGAGACCAGGGAAUAUUUCCUAGAAACAUACAGAGAACACUUGGUCGAUGCCGAAGUACGAAUAGCCUCGUAUUUGCAAGUAAUGCGAUGUCCAAACCUCAGCACUAUCAGGAAGAUAUUCCACUCUUUGAAGAAUGAAGCCGUUAAUCAAGUUGCCACAUUCGUCUGGAGUCAUCUCAGUAACUUAGAACAGUCAUCACUGCCGUCUCGGGUGGAAAUCCAAGGGUUACUAUCCGGUAACCCGAUGCCGCAACUACAAGACAACCCAGAUUUCAGAUUGUUCUCAAGAAAUUAUGAGCAGAGUGUCUUUUUCGAUCAAUAUAAUGCCGGUGGCAAUUAUGAGGCUAACGUGAUUUUCUCUCCGGACUCGUACAUACCGAGAUCUGUAUCACUCAACUUGACCGUCGAUAUGUUUGGAGAAUCUAUUAAUUUACUUGAGAUAAAAGCCAGGGGCGAAGGUUUUGAAAGAUAUUUCGAAGGUCUUUUCGGAAACAAUGGACCAUUGAGUAAAGACAAAGUGAACGAGAAAAUAAACAAAUUAAGAUUCUUGCGUUCUACGAACGAAGCAGAUGAGGUCCGUGAGAAAAUCGACAAUCUUGGUUACAAGAACAACGCUCUCAAGCACCGUUUUCCUAUGGCCGAAUUGGGUUUCAAAGUUUUUGGUAACGAAAUAUCUUUCUGGAGCGCUGAAGGUGAUGAGGAAAUACGAAAAUCUUUACAGCGGCUCGACCCAAAAAUGAGGAUUCUGGAAAUUUUAUCAGGAAGAGAAAUAUCGUAUAACAAAGCAUCCUUAUUCCUGGACACAACGUUCUCCGUACCCACUGGCAGUGGUCUUCCUCUUAAUAUGAACUUAAUGGGCACCAGUUAUGUUGAUACGAAAAUGUCUGGCACAGUUGUCGAUAAAUACACUAAAUCCGGUAAUAUAGACUUUGAAGGAAAAAUAAGACCUAGUGUUGCAGUAAAUAUAGCGGCUACAAUGAGUGUAUCAGCGGGCUCUCUAGCAUCAAGCGGUAUAAGACUGUCAUCAAGACUGUAUACAGCUACAGCUUUGGAAGCUAAACUAUCUAUACGUGGUCUUGGAUCGGUACGAUUGGAUUUAUCAUUACCGAGAGACAAACAGGAAAUAUUUGCUGCGAAAUCAGAACUUCUAAUUCUUCAUGGAGAUCAAGAACUUCAACAGCUAGGCUUAAACAAGAAUAGAAUAGAACAAAACACUUGCAGUUGGACCACUUUUGAUAAGGCUAUUGGUAUAAAAGUUUGCGCCGCUUAUCAGUUCCCCAAUAUGACUAAUCUCAGGAACGCGCCGUAUUUCCUAAUGAGUGGUCCAGCUAAGUACAUCGUGUCUUUAGAAAAGGCCGAUAAAUCGGCCAAAACAUACGCAUUCCAAUAUAAAUGGGAGAGAAAUGAAACAACUGAUGUUCUAGGAUUCUCUUUCGAUACGCCGAAUAGUAAGGAGAAACGUAUGUUCGACGCAUUCUUAAGUGUAUCGAAUACAUCAAGUACCGCAACUCUCACAAUGCAAUCAUCACAAAGCACAAUAAAAGCUAAAGCCCUGUACCGUAACCUUCCAUACGACAAAUCUAUAGAAGCAAGUCUUGAUGUAGACGGAAAGAAAGAGUUUGACACUGUAAUGUCAUUGAAGAGACAUGAUAUAAAAUAUGGGUAUGUUUGGCUACCUCAUGCCUAUUGGGUUGUAAAUGAUGAAAAAAUAGCGGAACUGUCUGGGAGUCUAAAAGUGAAAUCUAAAGGUGGUGUCACACAAUGGGAUAUAACAGCAGAUUUCCAAACGAAACAAUUGGCGAGUCAUUUGAUAGGAUACUACACAGUGAACGGUCCAACUUAUGGUACAAAAUUACAUCUCGAUUAUCAAUUUUAUGGAUACCCCAAACAAACUAUAAAUAUUGAAGCCUUAUAUAGUGAAAGAUCAAUUGGAUACAGAUAUGAUAUGUACUGCGAAUUGGCUAUGGAAUUUACUGCUUAUCGGGAUUAUAACUUCUAUUCAGUUGUACGAAAUGUGAGAACACAAAGUCACGUAGACAUAGGAUUCAAUAUUAGUGCAUCCAAAGAGCAAAGACUAGACCCAGCUUUCACAUUUGCGUUCAGAAGUAUAGACAGACUUAAUGGUCUGAAAUUAGACACAAAAAUCACUUUAAUCAGGCCCAGGCCGAUUUUAAUGAAAUUCCAAUACGAUCAAAAUGGACCAAAGUAUUCAACACUAGCACUUCUAAACUUCAAUCCCAAGUCCCGUGAGAUUCUAAUAUCAGGCUACCUAUUCGCCCCGCCCGGUACACAAUUAUACGCAGACGCCGAACUUAACGUCACACUACCAACGUUACAUCCCUGUAAACUAAAGGCCAAAGUGCAUGAGAAACGACCUAAUGAAUUUCAGGUGAAUGCAGUCGGAAUAUGGUUCACCGGCGUAGACUUCAACAUAGACGCUGUGUAUCAAGACCAGUCUAAGACAAACUUAGCUUCCCAUCGACUUAAAGUUCUAAUAAAUAGCAGUCAUUUCAAAGACAUUGCUGUGGAUGCGAGAUUUACGCAAGACAAUAGGCAGAUCACUUUUAUAGCUGAGGGUGAAUACAAUGACGACACAUACAAAACGUUAGUCCGUUAUUUAUUGCUCUCGGAACAGAAUUUCACCGGUUAUGGAGAAAUAGAAAUAAACGGGAAGACCUACAGUGUCGAUUUGAACGCUGAUCUCAAUAACAAUACUAAUGUGAACAUGGACAUACAUAUUGACCAAUUACGUGACGUGCAUGUAUCAUAUGCGCGAGCCGUGACGGCGGAUAGCAAGCGAUUGAGUGCGGCGUUCAACUGGGACGCGAACCGCGAUCCGUCGCAAAAACUCAGCAUCGACGCGCAACUGACCCGUCGCGGAGCCUGGCACCACGCGGGCCACGCCACGCUGCACUACCCCGGCCGAGUGGUCAACGGCGAGUUCGAGUUCCUGUGGCGCGAUUGGUUCUGCGAAUGGAUGAUACGGAUGGGUUGGGCCAGUCCUGCCGCGAUCGUGUGGCGAGUGAAAGCCUUUUCGGAAGUUCACGAGCAAACUGUGUACGCACUUCUAUCGAGCCUCAACACCCCUUUCCCUGGAUGGGAAGAUUCUAGCUUCAAUGUUAUGUGGCGUUAUCACGACAACCUCCAAGCUUUAAAUGGUAGCAUGAACUGGCAGAAAGAUUACCUGGCCUUCAGCUUAUUGGCUGACUAUUUAAUCACGACAACUAAGUUCUAUGGAGAAAUCAAUGCAUCAGUCAAUUCCACGAUUCCAACUUUACCAAAAGCGGCCGCCAUCGCUAAACAUACCGUCGUGUGGAAGAAAACAGCGGACACGUUGCUAAGUUUCCAGUACAACGAAGAUGGUCUCCUUAUGAUCAACUCCUCUUGGGCUUUUGACAAAGGUCAAACGGAGAAUAACGUUACUGGACGAGUAACACUUAUAACACCAUUCCAAAGUUAUACGAAAGGACUCCUUAAAACAGAUUUCAUGUUCGGACACAAGAGAGACAUAAAAGGCAUUACUUAUUUGGAAUUAGAAGAGAAAGUGAUCGAAAUCAAUGUAAACGGUCACAUGCGUCGUAUAACAAACUGCAUGUUGGCUGUAAACGUGACCAGCCCUCUACCGCAGUUCUCUCAGAGUACAGCGAGGUUCGGUUUCGUUGAGGCUGAUAGGCAUCUUGUGGCUAUGAUCGUCACUCCUAACUCUACUACUGGAAUCGAAAUUCUACUGCAGCUUGUAUCCCUGCAAAAUUUCGAAAUAUUUGGUCACAUCGCUUUACCGAUACAGUAUUUGAACAGAGCCAUGAUAACUGCGAAAAGAGCGCCUCAAGAGAUCGACUUUAGAGUAGGUUGGGGAACAAUGGACUUCGGUUGUACAGGAAUAUGGCAAUGGAAGUCGGUUCUAGAUUUUGUCUACGUUUACAAGUUAUACACGCCGUUAGAUGGUUUUGAGGAAAAUGGUCUCGUCUUGAAAAAUGUUUACAGAAACGGACUUGACACUGAGCUUUCUAUUCGUCUGUCUAAACAUAAGUUCGGUAUAGCAGUACUUCUGGUGGACAAAGACAAGGGUCUUCUGGAUGUGAUAAGAGAUCUCGUUGAGCACAAGCCUCGUAACUCAGAUAUGUUUGUGGAUAACUUCGACACGGAAGCCAGUGUUACCUUGGACACCCUCUACUACCCAACUAUUACAUUCCACGCUCAUAUGAUGAAGUUUGUUGGUCCAGACGAAGAAGACAUUCUAGAAGCCAAUGCUACUUUAUACCUACCUAAUAAACCUCCCAUAGUUUUGACAGAUGUGUUUAUUUUGGAGGAAUAUACAGUAAUACGCAACACUCUCAACUUAGUGACACCUUUCCCAGCAAUAAGGCAGUUGAAAUCAGUGUACACCGUGGAUAUUGCCAUUGGACAGAAAUUUAACGUUACUUGCGUUGCCUUGCUGUAUAAUGGGACUUAUUGGCAUGAGAUAUCAUACAAAAUUUACUAUGAAACUGAGUCAGGAGAAGAUGACGCCUAUCGCUCAUACUUAGCCUCAGUCGGUAUUGCCACUCCAUUGGCUGUGUUGCCAGCUCUAGAAGCAAGAGUGUCCGCUAGACUGGAAGAUGCUCUAUGGAAACUCUCUGCCGACAUUGCUAUGCCUUCGUUCACUGUCACUGCUCUAGCUAGACUUGAGCUGGACGAUCCUUUCGUCGAAACAUCCGGCAGUUUGAAUCUGACGUCGAUUUACUUGGAAGACUACUUCAUAAAGAUGGAGUUUAAAAAGGACUUCUCAGAUACGGACAACCUUGUAGGCGGCGGAAUUCAUAUACAACAGGGAAAUCAAAGCAACUAUCUGUUCGCGGAGACGUCCUGGUCGCGGGGCCCGUCGCGGCGCCUGAGCCUGACGGCGCGCGGCGCGCUGGCGCCGCUGCUGGCGCCCGCCACGCUGGCACUGCGCUGCGCGGAGCUGCCGCGCCAGCGCUCGCUGGGCCUGGACGUGGCGGCCGCCGGCGGCGCCUACUCGCUGCAGGCCGACCAGCGCGCCGCCUCCGUCAGCGUGGCGCUCAGCUCGCCGCACGACGGCUUCAGGGCAGUGAAAAUUAUAGGCGAGGUAGAAAACGACGACAUACGAGGGUCGUUUGUGACUGAUACGUCAGAAUACGGCAUUACUGGAAAAGUGCUCAAACGUGAGCCACUUGAGCUGUCGCUGACAUUAGUGCCCAAAGGUCAAGGUCAACAGAUAACAAUAAGGGCCAAGUGCGAGUCGUCGCCCACCGUGUACGGUAUUACAGCUCAUAUAACUGGCGCGAUGGAGACGACUGUACGCGCGAAAAUUGAAAUGGAAAAGAAUUUCACCGAUGUUUCUUUUAAGGUUGAAUUGCCACAAGUGAAAAACAAAGAGAUUUACUUCAAAUCCCGUGUAGAUGUUUACCCUGAACUAAGGCGAGUGGUGACAGUACAAGCUGCGACACCUUUACAGAAACUGAAGUAUCUAAAAGCUGAUACGGAUUUCGUAUUUGCCCCUAAAACUGGUUACCUGCUAUGUAACUAUGCGCUACCUGAAAUGAAGGGAGAGGGUGACCUCAAGUGGAGUUUCUUAUCCGACGACCUUUUUAUACGAGUAAUAGGUCAGCAACUCGUAAAGCAAAUCCAACGUAGCGUCGACCUAGACAUCUACUAUGGCAAUAACACGGAGGACGGACUGCCCAAAACUAACGCUGGUUUCAGAAUGGAUUUGGAUCGGAUAUGGCAAAUUGGAGCCAACGCAUCAUUCGGCAUUAUAAUAAACGAACGUCUUAACCUGGUAAUCAACGCGAUACUACCCAAGCCGAACGUAGAUGUGCACUCGCUGUCCAUUACUGGCUCAAUGGCUAGAGGAGCGCGCCCCACGCAUAGUUUACAAGUAAUGUAUCGCACUGAUGUCACAAAAAUCAACGCAGGAUUACAGGGUCAGGUACUAACACUUGAAGAUAGCUUUGAUGCCAACUCCACGAUAACUUGGACAUCAAACUCCCAAUACAAGAACAUUGACAACAUAGUGUCCUACAAGUGGGACGCUAAUGGCUCUAAAUAUAUUGACUACGCUCUGAACACGCCUUUGUAUGAAGGACAACACACUUUCACUCUCAAGGGCUCGUACCAACAGGAUAUGGUGCAUGGAUACCAAGUUGUGAAAGGUCGCAUGCACCGGCCGGGUAGUUGUCAAAUAGGUGAAAUAGACAUGCGCUACGGCGGUUUCAGACACACAGACGGACACUUCAACAUGACCACACCAUUCCAGACUCUACCGUGGCUGAGGUCGAUAUUCUAUAUAAACAAUUUAGAAGAGAUGUCCGACAACAAAAUCGACCUAUUUUGGCCAAACAACACAGCAACAAUCAACACAACACACAAGUAUCAGAAACAAAACGCCGGUUUCACACAAAACGGAGCUAUAUCACUUUCAAUUCCAUUGAGCACUCAACAUCUAGUAAAUACUGAGUAUUUCUAUGUGGAAGAGGAUAAAUGGAGCAAUGGAACUGCCACUAUUGACUUCGAUCGAGAACGAUUUGUUAAAUUCUUCUUCGAUAAAGUUUUGAGUAAGAGUGAUAGGAAUCUAGAUCUUGCGACUAUGAAUAUAAAGGUUGAAAACGCUCAUAAACCGGUGGGUGUGAAAUAUAUCCACGAAUAUGACACGACUGGAAAUAUAGAUGCGAAACAAGCUACAAUAUUCCAUCUCCACAACGCCACAAUGGCAAACAUAACGGGCAGACUCGAUGUUUACACAUAUGACAUUGGCAAGCAGUUGAAAUUCACAGCUAUACACAGGAACCGAACCUGGACCUUCGAGAACAAGUACGAGGCUGUUGACAAAGAACUGAAACAAGGAAGCAAGGUGACUUGGGCGGAAGAUGUUUGGAUCAAUUAUGAUAUUCAUGUUACUAAUAUGAGUGUGGCUGACACAGAAUCUCAAAAAAUAGUAAUGGACGUUCGCUAUCCACUGCGUACAUUCCGUGUGAUAGCUCUAUAUCGCUUACAAGAUACACUACUCGAUGGAACCGCUCAUAUGCUAUGGAAUGUACGCGCUGAAAAUAAAAGUGCUGAACUAAAGGGUAGAUGGGAAAAUCCUCCCACUAAGGAAGGAAAUCUCCAUGACGUAUAUUUGGCACUUUCUCAUCCGUCUUUCAGCAAGGACGUGUCUCUAAAAGGCCAAUAUAUAACCACACCAGCUGUUAUGUCAAACCUCUCGAUAGAGCUACAAUACUCGGAUUACGAAAACGAAUAUCUUAAACUGAAAUCAAUCUUAACUGAUAACUCUAACGGACCAAUUAGAGACUACAAGUUCGCCCUUAAAUGCACCCAUCCCUCAACAAACUUGGAUCUCGAUAUGAAGUCUGAUAUAAAUAUACACAGUCGAUGGUACUAUCUGACGAACUAUUACAGAUUCCAGAAAAAUCUUUUCUAUGAAAAGUUGAGGAGUAAUAAACUUUUGAUUGAUUUGAAUCAAAGUGAAAUUAACUGGGAGCGUGCAAACGAAACAUAUUUCUACAAAGUCAACGGCACCUGGACGUUAGUGUAUCCGAGAUAUCAAGCUAGAGGCAUCGUAUUACGUCCUAACGCUAACGACACUGUCUUUGCCGAACUAUCCAUGGUCGAUAAAGCUUUAGUCGCACAUUAUAAUAGCUCAGACGAUAUUUCAUACCACCUGAUAGGUAAAAUUGUAGACACAAGGUCAGCCAAACUAAACGCGUGGCGUAACUACGAUGACGUCACCACAGCGGAUAUAGCCUCUUACAUACGUUUGAACCACUCACGUCUCCUUACAAGUGCAGUAGUAUGGCGACCGGAAAUAUUCAGCGAAGUUAAAUCACAAGCGCUUUCUACAUUCAAACUUUUGUACAACCAAAUUAACGACACCUUGAUCAUUCUCAAAGAAGCGCCAAUGGAAGCUCAUCUCGCUUUGAGAAACAUUUGGAGUGAUGCGAAACCGAGAGUCAGAGAAUUUUUGGACGACCUAAACGAUUUACACGUUAUCAAAGACGAUUUAGAUGAAUUCGAACGAUUCUUGAAUGAGUCUUACGAUCACAACGACUUUUAUGUUAAGGAUAUAGUCGAAUUUACGUACUACGUAUUGGAUGAAAUGGCAAUUAGGAAUCAUUUGGAAAGUCUACCAGGUUUCGUGAACGAUAUGUGGGGAAUGAUGGGUAACACAAGUUCCUCGAUCAAAGAAAGUCUAACAUACGUCGUUGAUUCGAUAAAAAUGGCGUAUGCGAACUUUUUGGAAUCGAUGAACAAAAUUCUCGAAGCUGAUCUAAUGGAAUUGGUAUCAGAUAAAUUGGAAAGCAUGAUAUUACAAUACGAUAACUUUGUGCGAGAUUUGCACAUGAAGUUUUUGGAUUACUGGGAGGAGACUUGGGUGAACGCGACUAAUAGAUUGUCUAAGUAUUGGCAUGAUUUGCUGAAAUCUAUCGAGCCUUUAUUCUUUAAAAUAUUGCAUUAUACGGAAGCUUUUGUGGUGACUAUUUGGAGAGGGGUUAUGGAUUUCUUCCAUGAAAGAACACACGAGUUGACGGAUACACCAUAUUUCAAUUAUGUUUCCACGUUUGGACAUGAAAUGGAUAGAAUCUACAAAGAUUUAGUGAACAACGAUAUAAUAACGAACAUCAAGAAGUAUACCAAAAAGCUAUGGAACGUUGUAUGGGGCAAGAUAGAGAAGUACAUCCCCUUCACCGACGAGUUCAAACAGUUGUAUAAUGAGUUCAGAAACGCCUGGGAGACAUUCUUGAAGACACCGCCAGUUGUUUACGUUAGGGAUAAGUACCAGGAAGCGUACGUCCGUCUGAAGUGGUGGUACGAUUACUUCUUGAUAGGCGAAGGGUUGAACAAUGUGUGGGAAAUCAUUUACGCCAAAGUGACCGAUAGGGCCAGAACUGCAUUGCAAUAUGAGGAACUUCACCGCACACCAAAAACUAAUUUUAUAUUCGAUCCGCACAAGGGCGAAAUUAUCUUAGAACAAAAGUUGCCAAUGUCAUGGCACGCCUUCAACCGAACUCCGGACUUCACGGAAAUAUCUGAAUACAGAACCGUUAGAGACUUUAUGGAUGAAUGGCUAAUUAGCAAUAGGAGCAUAUGGUCCUAUUACUAUGAUAUACGACCAUAUAUGGACUUCAAUAACGUGCUACCACCAUUUGCAGGAUUGGCAAUGAUGACAGGUCAAGGCACACUAGUAACCUUCGAUAAACAAGUGUUCACGGUAUCCGAACCUGGGACUUUCCUGCUAACGAAGGAUUACAGACAGAACAACUUUACUGUGCUCAUGGAGAGUAACGCCGAGGGUCGAUAUGAUUUAGUCGUCCUCACUAAGAAGAAUCUCAUCUUUGUCGAUUUGUAUAAUAAGCAAGUAUCACUAGAUCGAUCGACUCCAUUAAAUCUUCCAGCCGUAGUUGAUGAUCUCGUGGUUGACAGACAAACUGACACAUUGACAAUCGAAGGACAAAUUGGCUUGGAAAUAGAAUGUAACCUCAUCUUCCGCGCUUGCAAGUUGGAAGUUUCUGGUUGGUAUUACGCAAGCCUUGGUGGCCUCCUCGGCACGUACAACAACGAACAGUAUGACGAGAGACAGUUGCCCAACAACUCCAUAGAAACGGACAUUGACAAACUCGCUCACGGGUGGACAGUGCAAAAUAAAACGUCACCCGCUAAUCCAGACAAAUAUAACAAUACGUUAUGUGAGAAGUUCUUCCAGAACAAAGUUUCUCCAUUACAUCCCUGCUUCAGUUUGAUCGACGCGCUGCCGUUCUACUUGGAAUGCAUGCAUGGAGCCGAAGCGUGUGCGCUGGCGGCCGCAUACCGUGAGCUGUGCGCGCAAAUGCACGUGCCCACGCACGUGCCCGACCACUGCCUCACAUGCACAACUCCUGAAGGAGACAUCGUGGAAGAAGGUUCUUUUCUUCAGUUGCAAAACGUUCCCAGGUCUAUGGAUGUUGUAUUCGUCAUUGAAGCUCAGUACUGCAACAAGAAUAUACGGAAAACGAAAAAUAUCGACAUGUUUGUCGAAACCUUGGACAGCAAACUGCAAGGGAACGGAUUUUCUGAUAACAGAUACGCGGUAGUGGUGUACGGUGGUGCAGGCGUGUACCGUCGACCUCGAGCACUGUACGUACAAGGGAAGCUGUUCACGAGCGCUGUUGAUGUACCGAGACACUUCGAGGCUUUCGAAAUCGACAAGAGCUCGCUAGUGCGCGGCAACAAGACGGUGCGUGGCGAUGCGCUGCGAGCGCUGCGCUUCGUGACGUCCCUGCCGCUGCGGGCCGCCGCGCCGCGCGCCGCGCUGCUGCUGCCGUGCACGCGCUGCGACCGCGCCUUUGACUAUUCCACAAUCUACCACAACCUGAUGGAGAACUCGAUAACUCUACACAUACUUAUGGACGAUGACUUUUCGUUGUCGAAGAAACGAGUCGCUAAGUAUCUGUUUGGUGUGGACAGUACAUUGGCGUACACCAAUAAAGACUACGAGAGGCUCGUCGGCGACCCCGGCCUGCGCAAACAAGUAAAACUGCCGAAGGAAAAACUCGGACUAUGCACUUCACUGGCUUUGGAAACGAAUGGUACAAUCUGGGCUGGCUCGAAGCUGUCAAGCGAGCGCGGCGCUGCGCGGCGUUUCGCCACCGUGGCGGGCGGGCGCGCCGCCCUCGCCGCGCCGCCGUGCGCCGCGCCGCGCUGCGAGUGCCGCGCCGCCGCGCUCACCUGCCGCCCCUGCGCCGAUACCGUGAUCAUGAAGGCGUUAUCAUUUUGGAAUUCGGAUGACAUUGACGAACUGAUCGACAUGGCGAUGGACCCUCCCUCACUGCCAUCAUUUAGUUGAUAACUGUACUAAACAUGAAUAAAUGUUAUUAGUAAAUAAAAUAUAAAUUUUAAA